AAACUUGUUCAAACUGAGAAUACAGAAAGUUCAGAAGAAGAAUUUGAUUCUGAUGUAUAUUAUAAUAUGGAUGAUGGUGGCUCACUCCAAUUUGGUUAUGGUUCUUUUCAUUAUAAUCAUAUUGAAAAUGUAGAAGAUGAUCAAAUCAAUCUAGAAAAAAAUGCACUAGAUAGGAACUAUAAAAAAAAUCAUAACCAUCCUAGAUCAAGAAUUUGUCAUCCUGAUAAAUUUCCGGAAUAUCCAAAAGCAACAGAAGCAUUUCAAAAACUUUCAUAUGCUUACGAAACAUUGAAUAAGUCAUCUACAAGGCGUGCUUAUGAUAUAUCAGGCACAAGUAAUUUAGGUAGCGUUAAUGGAACAGGCGAUGACACAUUACAUGGUGUUUUAUAUCAGUUGUUUUUGGAGUUUAUGGAUGGCGACUUUGAAAUGAUUCGUUCUUUAGUUAAUGCGUUAAAUGAAGGCAAUCCUGAAUUAAACUUAGGUGAAGAUACAAUUGAAACAAUUGAAACUGUGUUCAGAGGAAUGAGAGAAACACUUUUAGCUGGUAAAAAACAUGUUAAAACUGUACAAUUUGAAUUGAUUAAUAUAUAUGAACUCCAACAACAACUUCGGUCCUUAUCAUAUCUUGAUAUUUGGGGUCGUAUAAAAAUAACAAUGCAAUUGGCUCGUAUAACGUUGACUAUACCAAUAUUGAUUGAUUCAGCGAUGAAAGCCGAAUUUAAACAAUUAGGUGGUAAAGGUAUCAUCAAUAAAGGACUUUUAGGUGAUAACAUGGCUAAAGUUGUCACUGGAUUGGUUACUUGUUUAGAAGCGGGUGAACAAUACAUAUAA